CGCCGCAGUGGUUGCGCGCUGAGCCCGGCGCCGCGGCUCGCCGGCUUCUCAGGUGAGGCGGAGCAUGCGUGGCCGGAGCAGACGCUCGCCCUGGUGACCACAGAGCGCGACUGGCCGUGACUCCAAGGCAAGCUGGAGAACCUGGAACAGGUCCUGAAGCACAUGCGAGAGGCUGCUGACCGGCGGCAACAGCUGGAGUUGGAGCAUGAGCAAGCCCUGGCUGUCCUCAACGCCAAGCAGCAGGAGAUUGACCUACUGCAGAAGGCUCAGGUUGAAGCCAAGAAGGAACACGAAGGCGCCGUGCGGCUGCUAGAGGCCAAGGUCCGCGAGCUGGAGCAGAAAUGCCGGACGCAGAGUGAGCAGUUCGACCUGCUGUCGCGGGACCUGGAGAAGUUCCGCCAGCACGCAGGGCACAUCCACCUGCUGGGCAGCGCCGCUGCGGCCUCCCUGGACAAGCCUCUCCCACAGUUCCUGAAUGGACUGGCCCCGCCCACUGGCAGAGGUCAGGAGAGCACUGCCCGAGGCUGCUCUGUGAUUGGUGGAUACGCUCGGCCCCUCCCGCUCCCCGGCGACAAGCCCCCUCCACUGUCUGUCAAGCCCACCUUUCCAUCACCGACUGGGGGCCCAAGAUGCAGGUUUGAAUCCACGAUGGACAAUGACAGGAACUCCAGCACCUCGAAGCAGAGAUACUCGGGGAAAGUGCACCUGUGUGUGGCCCGCUACAGUUACAACCCCUUCGAUGGCCCCAACGAGAACCCGGAAGCUGAGCUGCCCCUCGCGGCCGGGAAGUACCUCUACGUCUACGGGGACAUGGACGAGGACGGGUUCUACGAAGGAGAACUCCUGGACGGGCAGAGGGGCUUGGUGCCAUCCAACUUUGUGGACUUUGUCCAGGACAGCGAGUCGCGGCUGGCGAGCACCCUGGGGAGUGAGCAGGACCAGAACCUCAUCAACCACCCUGGCCUUGGCUUGGAGGCGGGGGACGUCCUUGACCUGCACUCCCCAACGCACGUGGACUCAGACGUUACCAGCAACGGGGCGGGGCCACUGGACGUGAACCUUGACGACAUUGGAGAAGACACCGUGCCUUACCCUAGGAAAAUCACCCUGAUCAAACAACUCGCCAAAAGUGUGAUUGUGGGCUGGGAGCCCCCGGCAGUGCCCCCGGGCUGGGGCACCGUGAGCAGCUACAGCGUCCUGGUGGACAAGGAGACGCGCCUGAGCCUCACCCUGGGCAGCAGGACUAAGGCCCUCAUCGAGAAGCUGAACACGGCAGCCUGCACCUACCGCAUCUCCGUCCAGUGCGUCACGAGCAGGGGCAGCUCGGACGAGCUGCAGUGCACGCUGCUGGUGGGCAAGGACGUGGUGGUGGCCCCCUCCCACCUGCGGGUAGACAACAUCACGCAGAUCUCCGCCCAGCUCUCGUGGCUGCCCACCAACAGCAACUACAGCCACGUCAUCUUCCUCAACGAGGAGGAGCUCGACACCGUCAGGGCUGCGCGGUACAAGUACCAGUUCUUCAACCUCAGGCCCAACAUGGCCUACAAGGUGAGGGUCCUGGCCAGGCCCCACCAGAUGCCCUGGCAGCUGCCCUUGGAGCAGAGGGAGAAGAAGGAGGCCUUCGUGGAGUUCUCCACCCUGCCCGCAGGUCCUCCAGCCCCCCCACAAGAUGUCAUUGUCCAAGCCGGAGCCACCACAGCCACAGUCCAGGUAUCCUGGAGGCCACCCGCGCUGACGCCUGCUGGGCUGUCCAACGGUGCCAACGUCACCGGCUACGGCGUGUAUGCCAAAGGGCAGAGGGUGGCCGAGGUCAUCUUCCCUACGGCAGACAGCACCGCCGUGGAGCUCGUGCGGCUGCGGAGCCUGGAGGCCAAGGCUGUGACCGUGCGGACCUUCUCUGUCCAGGGCGAGUCCGUGGACUCUUCCUUGGCUGCCAUUCCCCCCGAGCUGCUGGUGCCUCCUACCCCCCACCCAAGACCUGCUCCCCCAGUGAAGCCAUUAGCAGGUGCCCCCGAUACCAAAGAUGAGCCCCUGGGUGCCCACGUCAGGAUGGAGGAGGCUUGGGAGCAGAGCCGGGCGCCCACGCCCAGACACGGACCUGGACACAUGCUGGAGCCACCCAGCCUGCAGGGCACCGGGCGGCGGUCGCCCUCGCCCAGCCGCAUCCUCCCACAGCCACAGGGGGCCCCGGUGUCCAGCACUGUCGCCAAGGCCAUGGCCCGGGAGGCUGCACAGAGAGUGGCCGAGAGCAGCAGGUUAGAGAAAAGGAGCAUCUUCCUGGAGAGGGGCGGCGCGGGGCAGUGCACCAACUCUGAUGAGGAGGACGGCUACGCCUCCCCCGACCCCAGGAGGAGGGGCGCCUCUGUGGACGACUUCCUGAAAGGCUCCGAACUCGGCAAGCAGCCCCACUGUUGCCAUGGAGACGAGUACCACACCGAGAGCAGCCGGGGGUCCGACCUGUCGGACAUCAUGGAGGAAGACGAGGAGGAGCUCUACUCGGAGAUGCAGCUGGAGGAGGGGGGCCGGCGGCGGCCCAGCGGCACCUCCCACAGCGCCCUCAAGAUUUUAGGAAACCCGGCGUCUGCAGGACGGGUGGACAGGGCGGACCACGCGGGGCGGCGCUUUCCCCCGGGCAGUGCCGGCCCUCUGCGGCCAGCGGCGGCCUCGCCCAUCGACGAGUACGAGGCCCGGGACCGCCUCUCCCCCGACUUCUACGAUGAGUCGGAGACGGACCCCGGCACGGAGGAGCUCCCGGCACGGAUCUUUGUGGCCCUUUUCGACUACGACCCGCUCACCAUGUCCCCGAACCCAGACGCGGCAGAGGAGGAGCUUCCCUUUAAAGAGGGGCAGGUCAUCAAGGUUUACGGCGAUAAAGACGCCGACGGCUUCUACCGCGGGGAGACCUGCGCCCGGCUCGGCCUCAUCCCGUGUAACAUGGUCUCGGAGAUCCAGGCAGACGACGAGGAGACCAAGGACCAGCUUCUGCGACAAGGCUUCCUGCCUCUGAACACCCCUGUCGAGAGAACAGAGAGAAGCAGAAGGAGUGGCCGGCAACGCCCAGUGUCCACGCGCAGGAUGGUGGCUGUGUAUGAUUACGACCCAAGAGAAAGCUCGCCCAACGUGGACGCCGAGGCGGAGCUCACGUUCUGCACAGGGGACAUCAUCACCGUGUUCGGGGAAAUCGACGAAGAUGGAUUUUAUUACGGGGAGCUGAACGGACAGAGAGGCUUGGUGCCCUCCAACUUCCUGGAGGAGGUGCCGGACGACGUGGAGGUGCACCUUUCCGACGCGCCCACGCGGCCCCCGGCCUCACGGCGUGUCAUCUCCCGUGUUUCGGUAGUGUGCUAACCCAGGGCUCCCCACAGCCACGUAGCUUCCAAAGACGACACAAAGCCCUUUCAGAACCCUGGCUCCCCAAGCGUCACCGAGGGGCACCCGCCACCUCCCCGCAGCCUCAUUCCCAGCCCCAGCGCCAAGGCCGCGACCGCCCCGGGGGAACAGCACACCCUUCCACCCUGGCGGGAGUCGGGCGGGCGCGGCGCCGAGCGGUCACGCACUCAGUAAACUGUCACCGUGUACCUACUAGGUUCCUCCUGAGGGUUCAGGGACAGCCCUCGUCCACGCGGGGCCACCUGCGUCCUCCGUGGGUUCUGGUAGUCCUG